UGAUACGGGUAAGAAAUUAGCGGCUGUACAUGGCAAGUCAACAACCCGAGCACGCAGGCCGCGCAGGCUUCGUGUUCCAUUCGGGAAUCGUUUUUGUGCGUGUUCGUCGUGCGUGUGUGCGUCAGUUUUCGUGCGUUUUCUCGUGAGCGCCAGCGAUCAAAGCCGUGACUUUCGAGUGCGAUUACUUUUCUAGCGGGCGUUAGACGACGCUGGCACUGCUACAGAUGCGGCCGGGCACAUCGUAAGGCGCUGCCGCGGCGAAGUCUCAUGCUUUUGCGGUCCGCUGCUGUUGCUGCUGCUGCUGAUAGCGUCGUUUGACGGUGUUCUUUGCCACCAUCGGCUUGAUGACCGACAAUCAGGACCUGAGCUUUGCCGUGAGCGCUGUGAACGCUGUGGGCGCCGUGCGACCAGCCGAAUCCCUGAUGGCGGUGUCGGGUACGAACGGCGGACUGGAUGCGCCCAACGUGUGCCGAGACUUCCUACGCAAGGUGUGUCACAGAGGCAGUCGCUGCAAGUUUGUGCAUCCUGAGGGAAUAGACCCCGAUGACAUCCGUGGCACCAUGGAGCCGGUCUUCUGCCACGAUUUCCAGAACUCCGAGUGUCUGCGACCAAACUGCAAGUUUCUUCACUGCACUCGUCAGGAGGAAGAACUAUUCCGCACAACAGGGCGCCUGCCACCGUCGGCUGGGGGUGUGUCGGAGCCGCCACAGGUGGUCGGCAUGAUCCCGCCCGUGUGCAAGGAUUUCUUGAAAGGAGACUGCCGUCGGGCAGGCCGCUGCAAGUUCCGGCACCUAGGCGAGGAGGAGCCCGAAGCCAAGCGACGGGCCCUGGACGACGAGAUGGGCUACAGGGUGCUGCAGCAAGAGAACGCCAUCUUACGCCGCAAGGUGGAUGACUUGAAGAAGCAGGUGGCCGACUUGAUGGCCACCAACGAGUUCCUGCUGGACCAGAAUGCCACAUUACGGCUGAGCAAGCAGACGUCCGCCGGCACCCAGCCACUGGGCGUGAUUCCCACGGCUGCUGCGUUGGGGCCCGUGACACCGUUGGGUGGCACGGCCGACCUGACCUCCACACCGCAGAGCAUGACACCCAUGAUGCCCGUGGUGCCCGUGUCCAUAUCGUCCAGCCUGCCAGCCUCCCUUUCACAGAGCCUCGCGCAAACCAUAAUCACCAUGAGCAGCCCGUCGGCACCACUGGUUUCGUACCCCGUCAUGACUCAAAGCCUGCGCCCGGUCAUUGCCCACCGCAUGACUCACUAGGCCCGCCCCAAGCGACGGCCUGUGUUCCCGAUCUCUUUCGCAAGGUCUGGAUUACGUGACCGGCACACAUCUUGGUCGAGGCAAGGGCCGAGUGUUCUUGCCGAACACCACCGCCUAGCUCCGAGACAUUGUCUUGUUGGUAUGGACAUAUGCUGCUGCCAAAUGGCAGCUGUAUUUGAUGCUGUUAGUUUUAUUGCUGUGUUGGCCCCCGCACAAAAUCCAGACAAGUGAUACAGAGAUCAUUUCCCUACCCCCAACCUACAUUCAAUCCCCCCCGCCCCCCAAAGUGUUUGUGGAUACAAGCCAUUCCUUGCCGACUAUUGCGGUGCGGACUCACGUUUCAACUCACCAGCUCUCCUGCUGCCUUUGUUGUGUCUGAUGCCAAGUUAAGGCGGGAAGCUGUAUCAUGAAUAAUUCGAGACCUGGUGCAAAUGUUGUGAGCUUGUGGCUUGGAAGGAAGCCAGAUGUGUUCUUGUAUUCCUGGCUGGAAAAAAAAAAUUAUGGCCAGCAUUCUAAACUAUGGGUGCUUGUCAGUGUGAAACUUUUUUUAGUUUAAAAAUGGCACUUUUCUUUUUUUGGUAGGCAUGAUGUGUUCUUGACUUUUUGUCUGGUACUACAUAUUUUAAGUGAGCAUAACGAGUUUUCUCAUGUCAUGUUGGCUGUUGCGGACUGUGGCACAAUCACUAACACGCAUUAUUGCUGCUGGUUUCGACGUGCAUCCUACUCUUCAUUGUUUUAUACUUUUUUGUCAUGUUUCACAUUGGCCACAUUCAUCCUUGCUAUUCAAACUACUGGCACAACCAUGGCACAACAGGCACACCUUCUGGGCACUGUUAGUUGUGCCUGUUGAAGGCACACCUUCAACGGGCACAACUACUGGCACAACUACUGGCACAACAGGAGCACACCUUCAUUAAGUUGUCAUUGCCGUUUGAUACCUUGCACCUUUCUGUGCACAUUCAGAAAUGAAACGGAAUUGUGCUUUCUUGGAUGCUGUAGUGUUCCAUUGCACUUUUUUUUUUCUUCUGUCUUUUUCCAGUCAUGCAUGAUGUGGUCUUACACCGCCAUGCUGACAUAUUUUGAUAUUCUUGCCCACACGAUGCCAUAUUGUGGUUGCUACACAGUUUAUCGAUGUUAGAGGAGGCACUGUUCAAGAUAGAAAAGCUUGCAGGCCACACUUGGGUGAACCAAAUUGCAUUGCCAUAUGAACUAGCCGCUCAGCGACUCCCAGUUUUCAGGCGAGGCUCAGUCUGUGUCAAUUCGCGCUUGCACCUUUGUACGAGGGUGUCCAUCCAGUGAUUUCUUUCUUUUUGCCACUGACGAUAACAUAACAAGAAUGCGAAUGUCACCUAUUUUAAUAUACAGCGAAAGGACAAACCUUGUCUAGCAAGCAUUGCACACUACGCAAGCUUACAAAGAUCUUGGCCUGUUGUUUGCUUUUUCUGUAUGUGGUGUAUAAUUUCACACAGCGUGUGACACAGGCUUUGUGUGAAGGCACAGAGUGGACGUAGUUUGGAAACCAGAUUACCAAGUUACCACAAGUUUGAUCAACGCUCAAAAUCAUUCACCAACUUCUGUCAAUGGCACACGAAGCUGUGAACCUGUCACAUGCCAUAUUUUAUUUUAUUUUUGCUUUACAAAGGCAUGGGUGUUGUAGCUAUAAAACGUUGCAAAAUGGUGCUUUGGGGAGCAGUACUUACUGUAGUGGAUUGUGCUGGCAACCUGUAAUUCAGGGAGCUAGUCGCCUUUGCCGUCUCGGCGAUUGCUUGCAUGUUUAGGGAGUCUUUCACGUUUUGUCCUGCGAAUUGCUGUGCUUUACUACAAGAAUGCUUUGCCACUAUACAUCACGGGUUGUACUGGAGCAUGUAAGAGCAAAUUGUGAUUGAAGCCUAGAAGUUAGUAUGGCUCGCUUGCCCCCCCCCCCCCCCCCCCCCCCCCCGAACUGUUCCGGGAUUUGAUAAUGACUUUUAUUUACUCUUUAAUGCAGGUGCCAAACGUUCCUAUAUCGGACACCAGUUUUACCAGUAAUUAAUUGUAGCUUUAGCAGUGGCUAGAUGCUAUAUUACCUCUUGCAGAUGAUUGUGUUAAUUGCUUGCUGCCGAGACUUUGGCCCUUUACCUUGGUGGACAAAAUCAAUGCUAUGCAGCGAAAGUACGGUAAGAACGUUGUCAUAAUGUUUACAGUUUUUCUUUCUUUUUUUCUCCUCUGAAUAAUGAAAAAUAUGCUCUGUAGACUUGCACAGUAGCUGCAGCCUCAACUUUGAACAAAGAAGUUUCGCCAGGAAACAUGUUUAGAUUUCAAUCAUCUCUGUGCCGCACUUGAAGAUGCAAGAAGAGGCUGUUUUUUGUAAAUAACACGCAACAUGCCUAACUUGGCUGCAUCAAGCCAUAGACACAGUAGUGCGGGAGCAUGUUUCACAUUUGCCAGUGUCGGAAUUUCGUACAAACCUACUUGAAAGAAUACCGGCACUGUGAUUUGUCCAGCAUCCUUCGGAAUAGUAAAUGCUACAGGCUUUGAAUUGGAACUUGUUGGCUUGUGUGUUGACUUAUAAAUUCAUUUCUUCAGAAUGAUUGGUUCUGGAUUUAGUAUAUUGCUUGGCUUACUUCAUUGCUAGGUAGCUGCAAGAAAAAAUACGUGCUUUUUUAAAGUUUUAGUGUAUCUUUGUAUGCACUUUGCCAUUGUGAUGCAGCUGCAGUGCCAACGGUAGCAACACCACAUAUGUGAACCGACAAACAUUAUUUCGCAGCUUGGAAGUCCCGACUUAGCAGCGCUUUACGGUGUCUCCGAAAGUUCGGUUACAAAAUAUAAAUGUGGCCGAACCUUAAUACAGUUCGAACUCUAACAAAUUGAUGCCAUGCUCGAAUUAUUUACCAUAAAAUCCUGAGCAAGUGCCCCCUCCCUUUUUCGGGAGAUCUGAAAUAUGUGCCAAUGACCGAGCAAGCGCCCUCCCCUCCUGCCAUUUUCACUGUUUAUUCACCCAACGAGGGCAAAUAAUGACGAUGAAUGCAUGCAUAUUCAAUAAAGCAUUUCAUUGAAAGCACGUGCGGCUCUUCUGCCGCCACCUUGAAUUUUGAUCCGUAACCGAGCAAGGGCCCCACCCCCCUCCAAAUCUUAUCGGAUUAUCUUUUACCGCAGGGGUGGAGGUGGAGGGGGAGGUGUCGCUUGCUCGAGAUAUUGCAGUAGUUAAAUUGGGAAGUUUGGGAAACCUCGAAAGGAAUUUUCAUGUCUUUGAAAUCUAAAAUUAUAAAGUAGUGAUACCCAAAAGCAACCAGGGAAUUGUAUUUGCUGCUAAUCCACUCCUGCGCAUGAGAAAAGUCAACAAAGGCAGCCCAGAAAUGGAGCCGCCCAUGUCCAGGCAAUGGAGGCCAGGUAGACAAGUCACGUGAAGCUUAUCACAGGCCCCCAAUAUGGAAAGAUGGGGAGAACGAAAGUAGUGAUUGUGUGAGCAGACCGAGUAAGAAAAUUGUGACGAGACAAUCAGUACCAUUCGUCGCAUAAGCAAUGAAAUAACAAAAGCAAUCACUCUAGUGUUCCUGCGGGAUCAUUGAAGAGGGGCAGUAAACCACCGCCACCCCUACCGCCAUCUGGCACGUAAGAGCGUUACGGACUGCAGAGUCCGUUGUUCCAUGCAUGGGCAUGCCGUGCAGCCACAUCGAAAUAAAAGUAGCUUCGCGACUUGGGUGACUAGAUGUUUUACUGCGAUAGCGUUGUAGCGCACGCCCAAAGAAACACCAGUCUUCAUUAAAAUUCAAAAGAAAUUGCCACUUUUUACCGAUUUGUUUCAUAAGAAACUUAAAUCUGGUUUGGUGCCAGGUUAACUUCAUGAAUUCAGGUUGAUGGGAACAUUGAGCGCUAUGGGUGCAUGUUGGAAGAUAGAAAAUUGGGAUUCUUUGUUAAAUAAGGAACUGCGUAAAGUCGAUCUUAACUGUAUAUUUGAACCUGCAUGCCCACUCGGCUUACCUGGUGCUGCUGGUUGUGUUUACCAACAACACUGAGGAGGAACCCUCUUGCAGGUUUGUACACUGUGUGAGUUGAACCAUUUUAUGUUCUGUAAAGUGGGAGAUCAUAUGCAAGUAAUAUUUCUCAUGUUUUACAGCUUGUUUAUUAAGGAGAGUUUCUUAAUGUUGCACGCAGAAUGAUUUGACGUAGCCAGAAAGGGGCAGCAGGCAAGUAGUUGCAGUCACAUUGUGCUGCGAGCCAUCAGCUGAACAGUAGUUGAUAGCCUGUAUACCUUUGACAAAGAGCGCAACACCAUGUUGCCCGAGUCCGCCAUGCUAGUUGUUGGCCGUUUGAAAGGGUUCCGAAGCAUACGAAAAGUUCUAACGGCCUGAAGAAUUGAAAGAGCCCUCCUGCUCACCCUCCAGUUGUCCGGAGCACCAUCACAGUUGCACCACUUAUGCAGUGAAUGCAGGAAGUGGCUCUUAAAACUUAUAAGUCCGUAAGAAACUCUUACCGUAAUCCAUCAGAGCCCACGUGAGUAUCUACGGUAGCCUAUGGGGAAAAAAACCUUUGCCAAUAAAUUCUUCAGCCAAAAAGUGUACGUUUCUCCACACAACUUGUGCCUCAAUCACGCUUUCUUGCUUUAUAUGAUUUUAAGAACUGGCGAGACUGUAGAAAGUCUUGUAUGCCCACCACAUUCGCACACUAUCUUCACCUUUGUCACACAUGCC